UACCAGGAAUUGCGUAUUAAAAGUAUUUACUGACAGUCUGAGUUUACUGGAACGCCCGGGGCGGGGCUUCACACUGGGGCUCUAUAUUUGAGAGAGUCGGCGACGCUACCGCUCACUACCACAGCAGGUUGAUAGACAAGUACUACUUCUCACGGAAAAACGGGAUAUAGAGUAUUUACUGAGUGAUCCGGUCAGUGCUAGUGAACUUCGUGCACCUUUCGGAUCUAAUUCAAUACUACGGACCACUACAGGUACCUUUGCAUCUGACAUUUAUUCCAGUUUACAGCACCAUGGUGACACACAGCAAGUUUGACACAGCAAUGAGCAGCUGUGCCAUCACCCCUCACUGCUACAGGACAUUCAGCUCCAAGCUGCAGUACCAGCUGGUGCAGCAGGCAUGGUGUCGACUCCAGCAGAGUGGCUUCUAUUGGGCCUCGAUUAGCGGAAAGGAAGCAGGUGCCAUGCUGGCACAGGAGCCAAGUGGCACUUUCCUGAUCCGUGACAGCGCCGACCGGCGGCACUUCUUCACACUGAGUGUCAAGACACCAACAGGCACCAAGAAUGUGCGUGUGCAGUGUGACAACCGCUCUUUUUUCCUGCAGACAGAUCUUGAAGGUGAGCGGACAGCACCACGGUUUGACUGUGUGCUCAAGCUCGUGCACCACUAUAUGAACUCGUCGAAGCAGCCCAAGGAGAACUCACGAAGUGCAUGCUACAUCUACUCAGGAGGGGAGAAGGUUCCUCUGGAACUAUGCAAACCCUACUCCUGCAACAUGUCUUCACUGCAGCACCUGUGUAGAAAGACAGUCAAUGGCCACCUGGAUAUCUUGGCCAAGAGGGACGAGCUGCCUCAGCCACUAAAGGACUUUUUGCAGGAGUAUGAUGCUCCCAUUUAAACGAUGAAUGCAAGUGAUGUGAUGUAGUUGCACUGAAAUCAAGGAUUUGAAAAGAGCAGCUAAGAGAAUGGAACUGAUGGAAUGACUAGUGUGGUGUGGGCUCACUGCCAUCAAACACAUGGGAGAAAAUCAAGAACAUCUCCAGUGACUGAAGUGAUGAAAGUAAACAAGCUAGGUGUAAAUAGACUAGGUUAACAAAAGACUGAGCUCAGAAAGUUGAAAUGCUGCAAACUCGUCUCACUUCAGGAAGCUGAGAUUUGGAGUGUAACUUGUUGGUUUGAGUUUUGAAUUAGUCAACACAAACCGAGAGUGCUGCUAUUUGUCAUGUUGGGAAUGAUGAACCCCCUGAACUCCCCCGGACACUCUUAUUUGCACAAUAAAUUAACAUCAAGACAAUGGUCCAAUGUUUAGUCCUUUUGGUGACUGCAACAAGUCAAGAAGAGUUAGCGAGUGUAAAAGACUGGCUUUGUGAAUGGAACAGUUGCAGUAUUUUCCUGCCCUUGUAACAUGAUCCACUCUUCAUACCCCAAUGGGAACUAGUCUUAGCCUCCUCAGUGCCCAAAAUACAUGGAACAAUCCUGUCUAAACAUUAAACCACCCAGUCACCACCUUCUUCUAAGGAAGCAUUAUGCCUUUCAUGGAAAAAGGAAGAACUAAACAAGCAACAGCACAGCAACCAAGCGAGGAGAAAAGUUUGAGACAAAAAAAAUCACACACACACACACACAAAGAAACAAAUAAAUGUUUCUAUUGGUUUUGAUCAGAACUUGUGUGGACAAAAUAGGCAGUGAAAGGAAAGAUGGAAAAAGCAUUGUAAUGUUGAGGAUUUUUUUUUAACUUCCUUGAGUAAUCUUUGUGCAGAGUGUAUUAGAAUGUGAGAAUGUAUUUUACUGAGGAAACUUAACCCUCUUAAAUGGGCCAACAUUAUUCUUGUACUUGUUUACAUUGUUUACAUGUGUGAAGAUUUUUAAAAAUCUGCUGUUUUAAUGCUAUGUCUGUUAAUGUGACUCAAUAUGAAUGCUUGAAAAAAAACAUUGAAACAGCAACAAAAGCAAGCAGACUGAAAAUACUUUGCACAUAUUUAUAUUUCUAAACAAUUUCAGUAAUUUAUAUUAAAGAUCACUAUUUUUCUAACAGA